CUGCGCCCCGGCUCCAGCGAGGACGGUCUCCGCCGCCUCCUGCUCCGACCUUAGUUCUCACCAUCCUCCGCUUGCUCCUCAAAAGCAUCCCCGGUCCCCACCCGCUCACGCCCCACCCGCGGGAAGGAGGCCUCAGGAAUUCAGGGGAGUGGCUGUGGGGGCGCGUCGCGGCUCCCAGCUGGGCCAGCCCCUCUUCCAAGACAUGGUCUGAUCCCCAUUGUAAAAGCUGCGCUCCGAAGAGGAGGACAGAGUGGUCGGUGUUCCCGGAUUGGGGCUGCAGGGAUCUCGUCGUACUGAAGCCCUGGCAUUAUUGUAGGGUGGGGCGGAGACGGCCCUGGAUUUUGGGGAGUGGGGGUGGGAGGGGAGAAGAACCCGGAGGGGGAAAGGACUCAGUGAGGGAGUCGGUGAGAGACUAUGGGGAAGGACCAGGAGCUGCUGGAAGCUGCUCGCACUGGCAAUGUGGCUCUGGUGGAGAAACUCCUGUCUGGCAGGAAAGGAGGGAUCCUGGGCGGUGGAUCUGGACCCCUGCCCCUGUCUAAUCUGCUAAGCAUCUGGCGAGGCCCGAACGUGAAUUGCACAGACAGUUCGGGUUACACUGCUUUACACCAUGCAGCCUUAAAUGGACAUAAGGACAUAGUUCUCAAACUUCUUCAGUAUGAGGCAUCAACAAAUGUAGCAGACAACAAAGGUUAUUUUCCUAUUCACCUGGCUGCCUGGAAAGGAGAUGUGGAAAUUGUGAAGAUUCUUAUUCAUCAUGGACCAUCACAUUCCCGAGUCAAUGAACAGAACAAUGAAAAUGAAACUGCCCUGCACUGUGCAGCUCAGUAUGGACACUCAGAAGUAGUGGCUGUUCUCCUAGAAGAGCUCACUGAUCCUACCAUCAGAAACAGCAAGCUAGAGACACCUUUGGACCUGGCGGCCCUCUACGGAAGGCUCAGAGUGGUCAAAAUGAUCAUCAGUGCACACCCGAACCUAAUGAGCUGCAACACGCGAAAGCACACACCACUACACCUUGCCGCUCGCAACGGUCACAAGGCCGUUGUUCAGGUGCUGCUGGAAGCAGGCAUGGAUGUGAGCUGUCAAACAGAAAAGGGGAGUGCACUGCAUGAAGCAGCUUUGUUUGGAAAGGUGGAUGUUGUCAGAGUUCUGUUAGAAACAGGAAUUGAUGCCAACAUAAAGGAUAGCUUAGGCAGAACUGUCUUAGACAUUCUGAAAGAACAUCCAUCUCAGAAAUCUCUCCAGAUUGCAACACUCUUACAAGAAUAUUUAGAAGGCUUGGGAAGACCAACAGUCCUUGAAGAACAUGUACAAGAAGAUACAGCACAAGAAACACACAUUUUAUCUCCUGCUGAGUCUCCUUCUUCCCAAAAGACCAAAAGUGAAACCGUGACUGGAGAAUUAUCGAAACUCUUGGAUGAAAUAAAACUCUGUCAAGAAAAGGAUUAUUCUUUUGAAGAUUUGUGCCACACAAUAUCAGACCACUACUUAGAUAAUUUGAGCAAGAUUUCAGAGGAAGAACUUGGGAAAAAUGGAAGCCAGAGUGUAAGAACUUCAUCUACAAUAAAUUUGUCACCAGGAGAAGUGGAAGAAGAAGAUGAUGUUGAAAACACUUGUGGACCCUCAGGACUCUGGGAAGCAUUAACUCCCUGUAAUGGAUGUAGGAACCUUGGCUUUCCUAUUCUUGCACAGGAGUCUUAUCCAAAGAAAAGGAAUUACACUAUGGAAAUUGUACCAUCUGCUUCUCUGGAUACGUUUCCUUCAGAAAACGAGAACUUUCUAUGUGAUCUCACGGACACAGCAGUUACCAAGAAACCUUGCUCCUUAGAAAUUGCAAGAGCCCCUUCCCCAAGAACUGAUAAUGCCUCUGAGGUAGCAAUUACUGCUCCAGGAACUAGUAACCAUAGAAACAGCUCUACAGGCCCAACACCUGACUGCUCACCUCCAUCCCCUGACACUGCCCUCAAAAAUAUUGUAAAAGUUAUUCGACCCCAGCCUAAACAACGAACAUCUAUUGUGUCUUCUCUGGAUUUUCAUCGAAUGAAUCACAACCAAGAAUAUUUCGAAAUCAGCACAUCUGCAGGGUGUACAAGCUUCACUUCCAGCCCUCCUGUUAGUCCACCCACCUCUUCCGUGGGAACCACAGAAGUCAAGAAUGAGGGAACUGGCCGUGCAGAUGACCUCUCUCAACAGGAGGACAAUGAUCCCCCAAAAGAAUAUGAUGCUGGGCAAUUUGCAGGCCUUCUCCAUGGAUCCUCUCCAGCGUGUGAGUCCCCUGAAAAUCCAUUUCAUCUCUAUGGGAAAAAGGAUGAAUGUGAAGAAAGACAAGAUGAAGUCAGUUUGGCAAAUAGUCCUUUGCCUUUCAAGCAGUCUCCAAUAGAAAAUAACUCAGAACCUUUGGUGAAGAAAAUUAAACCCAAAGUGGUCAGUAGAACAAUUUUUCACAAAAAAAGCAACCAACUCGAAAACCAUACCAUUGUUGGCACAAGAGCAACUAGGAGUGGAUCCCGAAAUGGAGACCAGUGGAUUGUGAACACGGGGAGAUGUGUGGAGAGAGCCUGUACCCUGGGGAGAAUAAGGUCAUUGCCAAAAGCCCUGAUUGACAUGCAUUUAUCAAAAAAUGUGUCUAAAUCAGAUUCUGAUCUCAUUGCCUACCCUUCGAAUGAAAAAGCAUCAAGAGUUAACUGGAGUGAAUCUUCAACCGCUGAACACAGUUCUAAAGGGCAUUCUGAAAGAACGCCAUCCUUCACUUCUGAAUGGGAAGAAAUUGACAAAAUAAUGAGUUCCAUAGAUGUUGGAAUUAACAGUGAACUUGAAGAAAUGAAUGGUGGGACUACAAGACCCAGAUGCCCUGUCCAAACAGUGGGACAAUGGUUGGAAAGCAUUGGGCUACCUCAGUACGAGAACCACCUGAUGGCUAAUGGAUUUGACAAUGUGCAGUUUAUGGGAAGCAAUGUUAUGGAGGAUCAGGAUUUAUUGGAAAUUGGAAUUCUUAAUUCUGGGCACAGACAAAGAAUUCUACAGGCAAUCCAACUCCUUCCAAAGAUGAGACCCAUUGGCCACGAUGGUUAUCAUCCCACCUCUGUCGCUGAGUGGCUGGAUUCCAUUGAACUAGGUGACUACACGAAAGCCUUUCUAAUUAAUGGCUACACAUCGAUGGACCUGUUGAAAAAAAUCUGGGAGGUUGAACUUAUUAAUGUUUUAAAAAUCAAUUUGAUUGGCCACAGGAAACGUAUUUUGGCAUCUCUGGGAGACAGGCUGCACGAGGAUCCGCCACAGAAGCCCCCUCGGUCCAUCACCCUCAGGGAACCCAGUGGUAAUCACACUCCUCCUCAGUUGUCUCCAUCACUUAGCCAAAGCACUUACACCACUGGUGGCUCCCUAGACGUUCCUCACAUUAUCAUGCAGGGCGAUGCAAGGAGGAGAAGAAAUGAAAACUACUUUGAUGAUAUUCCCCGAUCAAAACUGGAGAGGCAGAUGGCCCAGCAGUCGUCUGUCUGUGAAAUAUGGACGAAUCAGAACGCUGGAUUUCCUUUCUCAGCCAUCCAUCAGGUUCAUAAUACGGGAGACUGGGGAGAACCUUCCAUUACCUUGCGACCUCCAAAUGAAGCCACAGCCUCAACUCCAGUACAGUACUGGCAACACCAUCCAGAGAAGCUCAUCUUCCAGUCAUGCGAUUACAAAGCUUUUUAUUUAGGUUCUAUGCUGAUAAAAGAGCUCAGGGGGACAGAAUCAACCCAAGAUGCUUGUGCAAAAAUGCGGGCCAACUGUCAGAAGUCUACGGAGCAAAUGAAGAAGGUCCCUACUAUUAUUCUUUCGGUCUCUUAUAAAGGAGUCAAAUUUAUUGAUGCAACGAAUAAGAACAUAAUUGCUGAGCAUGAAAUCCGUAAUAUCUCCUGUGCUGCCCAGGACCCAGAAGACCUCUCAACAUUUGCUUAUAUCACGAAAGAUUUGAAGUCCAAUCACCACUACUGUCAUGUGUUUACCGCCUUCGAUGUGAACCUGGCCUACGAAAUCAUCCUAACACUGGGACAGGCAUUUGAAGUCGCUUACCAGCUCGCACUACAAGCAAGAAAAGGGGGCCAUUCCUCCACACUCCCAGAAAGCUUUGAAAACAAACCCUCCAAGCCCAUCCCCAAGCCCCGCGUUAGCAUUCGCAAGUCAGUGCAGAUUGACCCAUCUGAGCAAAAGACUCUGGCCAAUCUGCCGUGGAUUGUGGAGCCGGGACAGGAAGCCAAGAGGGGAAUUAAUACCAAGUAUGAGACCACGAUCUUCUGAUCCUCGCCGUCCUCCCAUCCUCGCGGUGCCUUGCACGCCGAGCAGUCCGGAGCAGGUUUCCCUUCCCGCCUCCGUUUCCACCCAGCCCAGGAGGAAGACUGCUCUGUUUGUGUGGCCUUGUCACAGGCGAAAGGCCGCUGGCCAUUCCUGGGGACGUUCUUUCUGCACCAGAGACAGAAAGUGCAACCAAGACUCUCCAGCCGUAACCCCUGAGAGGCACGAGUUGAGGUUUUCGCUGACUCCCGACUCCCCUCCCUGCCACCACCCAAGGUAUUUCUAACGACUCGGCCCCAACACUUGCUUCACUGUAGUUGGGGAUAACACCUUAAAAAAAAAAAAAAAAGUACAGGGGAUCUCUAAUACUGCCUAAAUGUAUCAAAAUCUUGGGUUUUUCACUGUCAGCAGUUUUAAAGGUAGAAUCAGAACAGAACAACCCCCAUAAAACAUCUGUAAAAUCAUUACAUCACUGAGUAUCAUUUCCUACAACAGGACAGAAACCACCCCCGUGGUUGCCAGGAAAUCCUGUUUCCCAAUUUCUAUAUUUGUGGAUUUUAUAUGUAAUCAACUAUGUCAGACAAAGAAAACCUUUACAUCUAUGGACUGAUUCAAAAUUUACGAAUGAUUUAAAACAGAGGAAUUUAUUAUGCACAGAAAAAUGUGUCUUGUUAUUAAAUAUUUUUACUAAAAGAAUGUUUCAUUAAUGCAUUGAUAAGAAAACUAGGUUAGUUGUGAGGGAUGUUUCUGGUUUCCUUUCAAAUAACUAAAUUUCUACUGCUACCACCAAGAGAACUGACUUGGACGAGGCAAAGUACCAAUGACACUCACCAGAGCAGGAGGUCCAGGCAGGCAGACUGGCGUCCAACCCAGAGCACUGACGCAGCCAUCAGUCUGCAAAGAUUGUUUUUUAAAUCUUCACAGCGUUUUAAAGAACACGUUAAAAAAAAAUCUAGGGCUCCUGCUGUCAAGAUUUCUGUCAUGGAAACCUUGUUUGAGAAAGCUGUUAAUAAAAUCCUGUUGCAAAAAUUUCUUUUCUAGAAAAAAUAAAUACAAAAAAAAAAAGAGAGAUUCCAAAGUAAUAAAACUCUUUUCUUGAAACAAAAAAAAUAAAUAUUUGCUUACUAUUUGAUUAAAUAAAAUUUACUUACAUUUCUUUAAGGCAUUUUAAUUUUUUUAAUGUCUCUGUGGAGUAUUUGUAUGAUAAAUACCAUAAUGUAUAUUUAUGUAGAAUCAAAUUAUAUAAACAGUACCAAUAUCAUUAUAGAAAAAAAUAACAUUUUAAUGUAUAUUGUUCUAACCAAUCAUAUUGUGAAUCAUUUUGAAGUUCAUUAUAGCUAUAUUGAUAAAUCGUGGGAUUGUCUGAAUGUUGUUUUUUUUUAUUAACCAAUAUUAUUUUAAACCUGAGAUUAUCAGUUAUAUUCAUCAGUUGGUGAGUUUGAGAGGAUAACUAAAUUUUAUUUCAAACUGACAAAUGUAUAUGGUUUUAGUUCAGUGUUGAAGAAUUUUAAUACAAUAUUAAAUUACUUGAACUGAGCAGUUCCUUGUAUAUAUUUUGCCUAUUCACUGUUGAUAUGUAUGUAGUAAAUGAAGAGUAAAAUAACACAUAUAUGGUACCAAAAGGAAAUUGUAUAGGAGCAAAGUAAAGAGUUGCUUUGCUAAAACAGAAACAUAUGUGUAAAUAUGCUUGGGCUUCCAGUUAUAAAUUUUGUAAUUUUUGUCAUUAUUUAUAUCCUAUAAAAAAAAAAGCACACAAAAUAAAAAGGAUAUUGUACAGCCGCUGGUGCUUGGCAUUGUUCUGUGAGCACCUUCCUGCUUCCAUAUGGGAACAGAACCAAAGAAUCGGCCUUCUCAUCAUUCAUAGCU